AUGUCUAAGGACGAGAAUGAGGCUAGCUCUGAGGAUGGAGAAGAGUCUGUCGAAAAUGACGCCGAGGACAGCAAAGAAGAGGAUAAGGAUGAUGAUGAUGAAGACUGGGUGUUUAACCAGGAGGAACUUGAUGAGUUUGCUAAGGAGGAAGGUCUUUGA